CGCACAACUCUCACACCAUAUCAGUUGCGUGUGCUCUUCAGGGUUUGGGAGCGCAUACAAUACCCGUCAAGUGAUCUGCGCUCGCGCCUGGCAUCGAAUCUGAUGAUGACGCCUCGAAAUGUGCAGAUUUGGUUCCAAAACCAACGACAAAAGACAAAGGAACGC